CACAUAAUGAUUAAAUGCACUAAAUGUCCCACUUGUCAAUUGGGCAUAAGUGAUUAUUUUUGUACAAAAUUUCCCUUCAAAGCAUUGUCUUUGUGUCCUAGAAAUGAAAGCCUCAAAGCAACAGAGAGGAUGCAAAGCCUUGUGUUGUAGCAGCAAUAGGUUUAGUGUUUCUUCUUCUUCUUCAGAGGAAGCAGAGAGUUCUUCUUCUGCCUCUAAUAGGUUUCCUUCUGUUUCAACACUAGCACAUGCUAUGGUGCAAGAAAGACUUGACCAAAUGAUUAGAGAAAAGCUUGAAGCUACUAGAUAUGUAGAGAGGAGAAGGGAGCAGAGAAGAAGAUCAGAAGGAACUAAGUUUGUUGUAAUGUUAGCUAUGGAAAAAUGUUCUUAUGAUCCUAGAGAGGAUUUUAGGGAGUCGAUGAUGGAAAUGAUAACUACGAAUCGCCUUCAAGACGCGAAAGAUCUUCGUAGUUUAUUGAACUAUUAUAUGUCGAUGAAUUCGGAAGAAUAUCAUAGUCUUAUACUUGAAAUUUUUCAUGAGGUUUGUACUAAUUUGUUCUUAUCAUGGAGUAAAUGCAAAUGGUGACUAAUGUGAACUUGCCAAUUAUUUUGUGCACAAACGUAAAUUGGAGGUAUAGUGUAGAUUUAUUUUCACAGAUUUCACAUGCAUUAUUAGAUGCAUUGUCGGUACACAUAAUGUAUUCAAGCAAUAAUAUACCUCUUCCGGUUAUAUUUAUAAGAAAAUACUGGGUCAACAAAAAUUGAUUAUUUGGUCGAAAAUUUGAACCGAAUGCAUUAACUUUUCCUGAGGAAACUUUAUUUUAUAUUUAAGAUUAGAGGUAGUAGUAUAAAGACUCUAAUCCUUCCACACAUUGCAUGUAUGAUGUACCUUGCACAUAAAUUAAUUUAGACAAAGUUUGCACAUCUAAGUGUAAGUUUGGCA